AUGCUCCCCAACUACAACAACCACUGGCAAGAAGCCAGAAAUAGAAACACUAAUCGUCAACCAAACCAAUAUCACGUACCCUACAACGGCCCUGUCUUCCAUCGACCUCUACCACCUACCAAUCGCCGACCACCAACCAACCCAUCCAGCUAUAUCCCACCCCAUCGCCGACCUACCUACAACACAGCCUACCAAUCAAGAGGAAAGCAUUUGCCACGGUUUAACGGUUUUGAUGGAUAUCUACUUCCUAGCGCCGGGGAAAUAUCUCAAAAAGUCCUCACUAACGUAAGUGAACCUGCACUUACACCACUUGCCAAUUUACACCAGGUGUUUGGCCAGUUUCUAGCCCAUGACAUCGUCCUAACAAAAACAUUGAAAACACCAAGUGGUGGGAACUAUAAAUGUUGUAAAGAUACGGGUAUCGAUGAAACCUUGGGUUUAAGAGGUGAACCCUGCUACCCUAUUAAAUGGCCCAAUCCAGUAGGCGACCAUGGAUGUGGAAACUUUGUCAGAACAGUUGGCGAGAUAGACUGUAAAUCACAUAUAAGAGAGCCGAUAAAUUUUUUAACAGCUUUUGUGGAUGGAUCUGGGGUAUAUGGAUCAACUAAAGAUGAAAGUCAUUCUCUAAGAUCGUUUGUAGGAGGGAAGUUGACGAAAAGUGCCCACGACCUCUUACCUGCUAGAGGUAAUCCUCAUGAUAAAUCAAAUUGUAUCCUGUUUACAGAGAAUGAUUUUUGUUUUGAUGCUGGUAAGUAG